UAGAUCGUACCUGUUGUGAAUCUAUAUAAGCUCGUGGUUUCUCGCUCAGCUCAACAUUUUUUCAAUCGCCAACAACGCGAGUGGUUCGUCCCUCCGACACCACACAUGUCAUCGGCAUGACGGUUUACACGUGAAUUUCUGUUAAUUAUCCUGUGCACUGUGGUUUUAACUGGAGAAAUUAAUUGUUUCGUUGGAUUUUUAGUGCGUGCUGUUUAGUUAGGAACUUUUCAAGUGUCAAGUGUGACAAGUGCCAUGAAAAAUUUUAAGUUGGUCGGUAUACUGCUCUGUAUCGCGCUUUUAAGCGAUCACGCAUCUGCAGUAUUGAACAAAAGUAGCAACAAAAAUGUAAAUAAUGAAAAUCCUGAGAGCGAGAAGACGAGUGAUAAAUCGGCGGAAGAUAGAAUAAGCUCUGAAUACGGUGUGCCAAGGCCGAGUUUUAAUGGACCAGCCCCGGUAUACGGACCUCCAGAAUUAACUGGAAAUCAUGCGCCAGUUCAAGUAUUUCCACCGCCCCCACCGGAAUUACCGCCACCACCCCAACCAUCUCACGGCCCAGGAAGGCCACUAUCAUUGUACGGGCUUCCUCGAAAUCCACCACAAUUGCAGUACCCUCCACGACCCCUGAAUCUACCUCCUUGGAAAUUGUCUCCCACAUCUCCCCGUUUUCCUGUGAAAACACCUGGUCAUGGACCUUCAAUCCCAAUAUCCGUGGAGGCUUAUGGACCACCAGUUAAUGUUCCAACUCCCUCAUUCUCCCUUCCGAACAACUACGGUCCACCUCUUCCCCUUCCCCCCAUUCCUCAACCGCCACCUCCAGGUGUUCCAGCUCCCCCAACUCCCCCCGACAUCAAAUACGACGGCUGGCAACCCAUUGCCGGUCACAUAGAGACGCCAAACGCAAACAUUCACACUGCACCCAGUGUCAAUCUUGAUGGUUCAGCCAAUGUCAAUUUGCCAAGUAACUCGUACGGUGAGCCGAUAAACAAUCCAGAAGACCACAGCCUCAGACAGUCAAUCGGUCAGAGUGACCAAGGCUUGCCACCUCCAUUGUUACCGGAUGCCGAGCCACUUCACAACAUUCAGGAAGCUGCACAGAGCUUACCAGCUCACCCAACUCACACCCCUGAGUCAUCCCCGACAGCCAGUGCUCUGGUGUCAUCAUUGAACGUUGCCACGAGUUCCGGUUUGGACAGUCUUGUCAGCAGCAACCAUGACGCAGCCCUCAAUUUUCCAUCGCCGCAAGCUCCUUGCUAUCACUCAUCACCAUCGGGGCCAGCCCAAGUGGCUGACUCCUACGGGGCCCCUCCGCUAGGGCCCGGACCAGGGAGUGACUCUUUCGGGGCGCCGCCACCAGGACCCGGACCAGUGAGCGACUCUUUCGGAGCGCCACCACCAGGACCCGGACCCAUCAGCGACUCCUAUGGUGCACCCCCACCAGGGCCACCUCCACCAGGGCCACCUCCACCAGGACCUGGAGUAGUAAGCGAUUUUCACGGUGGACCUCCACGAGGUCCCAUCAGCAACUCCUACGGCGCACCUCCACCCCCGCGACGGCCUUUCCCCGGGCCCCACGGUCCCGGCUUCGGCCCGGGUUUCAAUCUCCCCGGUUUCCGUCCACCCCAUCGUCCCCCCUUCUUCCCACCUCACCACUCCCGAAAUCACGGGCCUUCCCGAUUCCACGGUGUCGCACACUCCCUUAUCCCUCCGCGAAGUCGUGCCCCUCUCAAAUUCCGUGAAUCCGUUCCUCCCGGUCUCUUCAAUACAAUCAAUCACUCCUCGUCGAGGCCCUCGAAUGGUCCCAUAAAACCAGCAAGUAGUUACGGUCCUCCAAGAUUUGGCUUCAACCUCCAACAACAACUGCCAAUCCCGUCGAAUCCCGUUUCCUUCCACUCAAGCAACACCGGGACAUUCAGUUCAUCCUCCGUUGGCUCCCCGCUCGCCGCCCCGAACGUCAACUACGGCACCCCUCUAUCCUUCACCGCCUUUAAUACCCCAUCCCCAGUAUUGACUUAUGGCGCACCAAACUUUGGCCCAGCGAGCACCUUCAUCUCCGCGUCAAACGUGGGUCGAGGUAAUCUCUACAAUCAACACAGUUCCUUAUCCACAUCAUACGGUAGUCCCCUGCCAUUGCCCCAGCAAUUCAAUGGCCAGGACGACUCGACUGGUUACCAGAAACCAAUAGAGACACCUAUUCAAUUAUCAAGUUUCUCACAGUCCCAAGGAAACUCAGAUUCUUCCCUCCUAACGGACUAUCCACUUCCCUCGAUCAAUGAAUUAGCACUGGAGUCACCACCCAACAACGAGCACCACCAAAUCAACUUGAAAGACAGUUACGGAAAUCCAGCGGACGUUGGUUACGACCAGCGGUCAGCACCAAGUGUCAAUUAUAACAGCGAAACGAUCAAUGGGGCAUCGGCGGAGGCAUUGACGGCAGCUCUGACAGCUCAGGGUUACAGCCAGAGUUCGACAAAUAACAAUGAGCACCACCUCGACGCACAUCAUGACGCGAACGUUCUAGCCAAUACUAUCAACGUAGACCAACUGACGCAGAUGCACAAUGGGGACAGUGAACCGGCGUUGGCCCUCGCUCAGACCCUCUCCGCCGAGGGUGCAACCGAUGGUUUCCAGAUUCAAGGAUCCAAGGGUACCUACUCCCUUCAGAUUCAGUCCUCCAACGGCCUUCAACAGAAUUCGGACGGCUCGAUAAGACACGAUCAGCUCCUCUCGGAGGGACUCCUGCAGGACAUCCUAGCGGCUAUCGAACAGCCGGAGGACCAGAACAGGAUGCAGCUAUUUCAAGUACAAGGCCUUCCCCAGGCCCAACAACUCAAUGAAUUCCAUCAGGACUACCAGUACGAUCGCAAUGACGAGGACCUGAAUGAUGCAGCAACUUCCUCAAUCGUCGCCGCAACGAGCAAAGGGAAAUCCGAGGGAGUCGUGAGUCCCGACGAUGUUGCCCUCUUCUUUAGAAACAAUUACACAGACGAGUCGGUUAAGGAGAUCAGGUCAACGGCCGACAGCGAGGGAAACGUCGAGGACUUGAAGAAAGCGAGUGGGGAAGGUACAACUGAGAAACCAACUGAGAAAUCCUGAAGCACGCUCAAACCACUCUUUCGUUAAUAUUUAUUUGGAUAAUAAUAAAAAUAGCAAUCGUGUAAUCAAACCAGAAUAUUUGCAAUCUACUCCAUGGAGGAUGCUGCUAAACUCGUCAAUGCGGCAUAUCUUCUACACCGCAAACUUGCGUCAGCGGAAGCGCGAGAUAUCAUCGGACUUUCACCGGUGCCGCGUAAUCCACGACCAACUAAACUCUGUAUGAAUCAGAUCAUCUUUCCCAGAUAACUCAACGUCGAGUUAAUUAUGUGCACUUUGAAAUUACCAAUGUGCACAAGCAAUCCAAUAAAAUUUGUUAAUUCCACCUGAUUUUUCCAGUCUCCUUACUCGAAGGUGAUUAAAAUCCGACGAAACUCGUGAGCAUCGAACCUUUUAUGGACUAAGCUAGAGAACAAUACGUUCAAAAUAUGAUAAAAUAACGAAAUCGGACAAUGAGGACAAUGAGAUUUUGGUCUGCAUGUGGGUCAACGGGUCAGUUUCAACGGCGAAGUUCUUCACAGUAAAGUGCACUGAGCACGGAUGAGCUCAAAACAAGGUGAAAGUUCAGUGUUGUCUACUCGAAGAAGAUGUGUUCCGUGAAGAAAAAAAAAAUAAGAAGUCCCAUGUGAAAACCAGUCUCUCUCCAUUACUCCGCGACCUGUCCCGCCAUUCUGGUGCAUGCACUUUUUGGCCAAUACUCGAUGAUGCACUGGGAAGGAAUUUCAAUUGAACGAGUACAUGGAAUAUUCGAUGCCUAAAAUGUUCUCAUCGAGAAUCGGAAUGAGCACUAAUCGACUGCAUAAACCCUGACACAUUAAGCCAUAAUUGUACCCCUACACGAUGAAAAAACUAAUCGUAUCUUUUAUCGUAGUCUUAUUUAUUUUUUUUUUUAUGGAGACCUUAUCAGCCGGGCAUGGAGGGUAGGGUCAUUGCCGAUUUGUAUCCGCCCGGCGAUAAAGCUAUUUCAUAGUCAAGUGGUGACCAUACGGCAUUUAUAAAUAAUAACCUUGAGAUAUCAAAUUCUUGGAGAAAUCGCUGAAAGAAAUUUCGCCACGAAAUGAAAAAGAAAAUCGGUAAAAUCAAUAGCUACUGCAAAGUUUUAUAUUUAUUAUUCAGUGUAAUACCGGAGAAGGAAAAAUGUUGCACAGCCUCGAAUAUUGCGUUCGCAAUGAAAACGUAUGAAUAUAUGGGGCUUAAUUAAAAAUUAAAGUGGAUUGAAGGAUUUUCAUCAAUUUGUUUGACUAACUGAACUUUCACAUCGAAUUUAAUAGUAAUUAUUGAGAAUUAAGAAUCAAUUGUCCAUGAAAAUUUAAUUUCAUUCUAACCACGUACACGUUUUCUCAUAAAAUCUACUAAGAAAUAUGAAUUAUUACGUUUUACCACUUGGCUAAGGAAAUUACGCGAAUUAAUCGGUCGGAUACACAACAUGGUACUCACGUUUAUACGCAUGAUGAUGCUUUGUAUGAUAUACUUUUUUAUGAAUGGAGGCUACUUGCGUGAAACGUGUAAAUAUGACAUAAUACUCUGUAAAUAUAUAAA